AUGACCAAAUCAAGAGUAGUCAAACAGCUAAAGAAUUUAAACAAGGUAGUGUACACAACCAAAUUGCCACAGAUCGUCAUCGACAGGACAAAGUACGAAGCUAUGAAGCUUACUUUUCAAAGACAGAACACAAAUGGUCACAUGGGUGCCCGCAAGUUCUGGCAUGACUACCUUCCAACAUUACAAUACUACAAUCCUGACUUCAGAAUCGAGCUACUCAGAAUAUUCAAUUCCAAAAAGAAUGUCGAUGUACCUUGCAUACUAGAGAUGCUUGAUACUCAAGGUCAAGCUGUCGAGACGAUAGACAUGAAGGGAAAACAGUCUGCCGAGAUAAUGCAGGAACUGUUGAAAACAAUAGACCACACACAAGUCCCCAAGGACCAGAUAGUCGAGCUAGGCAACAAGGAUUAG